AUGGAUAUUACAACAGGUCCUGAGUCACUAAGACGGCGCUUCCUUACAGGUAACGGUGGAAAUAUUAAGAUGUUGGACGGUAUAAAAAUUGAAGACCAUCCGCUGCGGUCGGGACAAGCUACACUUGGAGUUAUGCUGGGGACGGAGUGCCAUCACCAGGCGGUGUGUGAGGGGUGCCAGCGGCCCAUAUCCGACCGCUUUCUGAUGCGCGUCAACGAGUCUUCAUGGCACGAGGAGUGUUUGCAAUGCGCCGUGUGUAAACAACCGCUCACCACCAGCUGCUACUUCCGGGAGAGGAAACUUUACUGCAAACAUGACUACCAACAGUUAUUUGCCACCAAAUGCAGUGGGUGUCUGGAGAAGAUCGCCCCUACAGAGUUUGUGAUGCGGGCGCUUGAGUGUGUGUAUCACCUUAACUGCUUCUGCUGCUGUGUGUGUGACCGGCAGCUGCGGAAAGGAGAUGAAUUCGUACUGAAGGAUGGCCAGUUGCUUUGCAAAAGCGACUACGAGAGGGAGAAAGACCUGCUCGGCUCUGUCAGUCCAGAUGACUCAGAUUCAGAGAAGAGUGAAGAUGAGGAGCUCGAUAUCAAGCCGGAGAAAGGCUCUGGAGGUACAGGGAAGGGGGACGAUGGGAAAGACCCGAGAAGACCGAAGCGACCACGCACAAUCCUCACCACACAGCAGAGGCGUGCCUUCAAGGCAUCAUUCGAGGUGUCCUCCAAGCCCUGCCGGAAGGUAAGAGAGACCUUGGCUGCAGAGACAGGCCUGAGUGUGCGCGUGGUCCAAGUGUGGUUUCAGAACCAAAGAGCUAAGAUGAAAAAGCUGGCGCGGAGACAGCAGCAGCAACAGGAGCAGCAGAACUCCCAAAGGCUCGGCCAAGAGGUGAUGUCCAAUAGGAUGGAGGGUAUGAUGAACUCCUACACACCACUGGCUCCAGCCCAGCAACAGAUGGUUGCCAUGGAGAAUGGUUACAGCACCGAUCCCUUCCAGCAGGGCCUCACCCCUCCUCAAAUGCCUGGUGACCACAUGAACCCAUAUGGAAAUGACUCAAUAUUUCAUGAUAUUGACAGCGACACUUCAUUGACCAGCCUUAGUGACUGCUUCAUGGCCUCGUCGGAAGCAGGCUCAAUGCAAGCAAGAGUGGGGAACCCCAUCGACCGACUCUAUUCCAUGCAGAGCUCCUACUUUGCUUCAUGAAAACCUAAACAGACAAGGAAAAGCAAAAGUGGGUCACUCACUGCAGCUCACUGGUCUCCUCAAUAGAUGCCGCCUAUCAAGGAAAUAUAAAAUAAGACCUCUUAGAUAGACAAACAGGAAAAACCAGAAAAGACAGUGAACAUGAAGACUAACAGUCAUUGUUUCUCUGCAGUGAAGCUCCAGCUCAGGACGCAAAAGACGCCUGAGGCUGACAGAUUUUUUUUCUAGUUUCUUGUAGAUUGUUUAUACAUGACUGUCUCAGAAGUAGCAUUUCACCUUAUUCUCAUCAGUUGUGGAAAACAAAGAGUACUGAUGUACAGUUCGAAGUCACCGAAGCAUCCAACCUCCGCUCACAAUACCUGCUUUGAGAGGCAGAAGAUCAAGUCACAUAGCUCAUAAUGCAUGAAUCCAUAUGUAUGUGAUCGUUACAUUAAAAAGUAAAAAAAAAAAAAA